AUGGAGCUUGGCCGUCAAUAUGUUGGUGAGCGGGUGAAGUACAGGUGGUGGUGGGCUGGUGAGGAGUGCAAUUGGUUGGUGAGCGGUGAAUUUGUGUUUUACACAAGCUCACCAGCGGGGUUGACUGGUGAGCUGGUGAGUGGCCAAUUUACAAUCAAAGAGUUUAAGGAUUUGGAAUUGCGGGCCAGAAUCAUUGUCACAAACACGCCUGAUAAGAUAAAAACGGAACACUUGGGUUGGUAUCGAGUGCGUUUCUUGGUAGGAGCUGCCGAAGAUUUGGGUAGUGACGAUGACCCCUCCACCGAGGAAGAUUUAGUACUGGAUGGCCCAGGCAAAGGGGGUAGUUCUGAACCGCAAGCAACAACCGUUCCAUUAUCGCUGUCUGAAACGAUAGCUGCCUUAUCCUCAGGGAAUCGGCUCGAGCUGGAUCUUUUGACCGCAAUCUGUAACCUCUCGACUGAAGAAGAAGAACUGUUUGAUGGUAGUCCGCAUGUUCGACGGUCAAGACAGUUGUCUGAGGAUCAGGGUCUGAAGGUGAUUUUUUUUAAGGUUCUACAACAAUUCUCGAUAAUUUUAUCAAUUCCAACAACAAAACUGAGUGAUGUCACACCAACCGAAUCCACUAAAUCAGCUACGCAACCCUCGGUUGUCGACAACAAACAUGCAUCACUGCCCUCAAACAGCAAUUGA